AUGGCUCUCCAGCGUGUUAUCUGGCAUAGCACCCUUCUUUGUAUAGUACAGGUCUGCUCCAUGCCUACAAAGUGCAAGCUCCAACGGAGACUCGUGGAGACCUGUUACCAUCUCCUGGAGACCAUGGGGGGUACAUUUCCUUUGCAGUGCCUCGAGGACAAUGUUUUGGUCACUUUUCCCACGGGUGUGUUCAAAUCCAGCACCAGGCAACAGACCACUGCCACUGAAAAGUCCAUUUACACGACACUGAAGUACAUUGACUCCAUGUUUGACACUGACAGAGUUCCUGACCAGUGGGCUGCCCAGGAGAAACUGGACCAUUUUCAGCACAUCAUUUUCCGCCUGAUUGAGGAGAACAGAUGUAUCAUGGGCAAAACCCAGGAGUCACUGGAUGAUUUUAUUAGCAGAGAGGCUUCCCUCAGAGCAUAUUUUGAUAAAAUAGCAACAGUUUUAAAAGAAAAGGGUUUCCAGUACUGUGCGUGGGAGUUUGUGCGGAACGAGAUUCUGCGUGCUCUGCAGUUCAUACUGAAAGAAGACUUCCACAGCAUGUGGCCCAGACGAGACCCAGGAACGAAGCACGAGUCUUUAAAAUGA